CUCGUCUGACUACGCCAUUUAAAGUACUGCUUCCCUUCUCGAGGGCAACGUCUGAAGAGCGACCGUUUACCGGACAGAGUUCGUUGGAUAUUUCCCGUUGAACCGCUGUGAAUACAGAGCAGCAGCAGUAUGGCAGAUGACCUGGACAUCGAGGCGAUGCUGGAGGCUCCGUACAGGAAGGAGGACACCAAGAGCCACAGUCCCAAUGGACAGGAGGACCGCAGCAAGAGGAAGAAACGCAGCCGCAGCCGUGACAGGAGACGCAGCAAAAGUCGAGAAAGGAAGAAGAGCCGGAGUCGCGAGCGGAAACGCAGCCGCAGCAGAGACAAGCGAAGGAGUCGCAGCAGAGAGCGACACGGCAGCAGAGAGAGGGGCGGGCGCUACAGAGACCACCACAAACACCGUCGACGUUCAAAGAGUAAGAGUCCCUUGAAGAAGGAGAAGAGUCCCAUCAGACUGCCGAUAGACAACCUGUCUCCAGAGGAGCGUGAUGCUCGGACGGUGUUUUGCAUGCAGCUGGCAGCCAGGAUACGACCUCGAGACCUGGAGGACUUCUUCUCUGCUGUGGGGAAGGUUCGAGAUGUGCGGAUGAUCUCCGACAGGAACUCCCGCAGGUCAAAGGGCAUCGCCUACAUCGAGUUUAUGGAGGCUACCUCCGUUCCUCUGGCCAUCGGGCUGACGGGGCAAAGGCUGCUGGGAGUUCCGAUCAUUGUACAGGCCUCGCAGGCAGAGAAGAACCGAGCGGCAGCUGCAGCCAACAACUUGCAGAAAGGAUCUUUGGGACCGAUGAGGCUCUACGUCGGCUCGCUGCACUUCAACAUCACAGAGGAGAUGCUGAGAGGAAUCUUUGAGCCGUUUGGACGGAUUGAGAGCAUCCAGCUGAUGAUGGACAGUGAGACAGGACGCUCCAAAGGCUACGGCUUCAUCACUUUUUCUGAUGCAGAGUGUGCUAAGAAAGCUCUGGAUCAGCUGAACGGCUUCGAGCUGGCGGGUCGACCGAUGAAGGUGGGUCAUGUGACGGAGCGGACCGACGCCUCCACAGCUUCCUCUUUCCUCGACAACGACGAGCUCGAACGCACCGGCAUCGACCUCGGGACCACAGGCCGACUGCAGCUGAUGGCCCGACUCGCAGAGGGUACAGGUCUACAGAUCCCUCCUGCUGCUCAGCAGGCUCUGCAGAUGAGUGGAGCGAUCGCUUUAGGAGCCAUGGCUGCUGUUUCAGCUGCCAUGAAUCCAGCUCUCAACAUGAACUCCAUGAACUCCAUGAACUCUGGUGCUAUGAAUCUUCCCUCUCAGCCGCUCGCCACACACUGCUUCCAGCUGUCGAACAUGUUCAACCCCCACAGUGAGGAGGCUCCUGGCUGGGACACGGACAUCCAGCAUGAUGUCAUCGAGGAGUGUAACAAACAUGGAGGAGUCGUUCACAUCUACGUCGACAGGAACUCUGCUGAGGGGAAUGUUUACGUCAAGUGUCCGUCCAUCCCGGCUGCAAUGGCCGCCGUCAACUCUCUACACGGAAGAUACUUUGCUGGUAAAAUGAUCACAGCGGCGUACGUUCCUCUGCCCACCUAUCAUAACCUGUUCCCAGAAGCCGCCACCUCUAUCCAGCUGCUGGCCCCGCCCCCGAGACGAUGACUCAACAACACUGCCCUCUGAUUGGACACUGAGCCUCUUUUUUAAUCCUCCCCUCCAAUUGGUCGACAGACUUGUCAGUUUCACUUUGGGCUCUCCGGUGUCAGAACAGCGUGGGAUGAUGUUUGUUUUUCCAUUCUGUUUGCUUCCUAAUGUUCGUUCUAAAUACCAUUUCUGGACGUGGCCUGUUUUCAGUAUCGUCCAAUGAUUGAGCUCCGUGAGCUGUGAUGAGGCCGGCCAAUGAUGGCGGUGGAUUCAGCUGAUUGGUUGGUAUUACAAUGUUUUCUAAUCAAGAGUUUGAUUUUGUAAAGUCGUUGAUUAAAUUUUAUUUUGAAGUCA